UCAAUGUCAAAAUAAAAUGAAGAAGUGGAUUUUUAUUUAAAAAAGUAAUUAAACGAAAUAAACUUUAAAGAUAAAUAUUGUUGUAAGUAAAGUGUUGCUAAGUAAAUGUAACAUUAAGAUCAAGUAUGGCGCAAUUUAGACCUGCGGGAUUAUCAGAUGAAGAAACUGACAGUGAUGAUUACGGGUUCUACGAAAAGCCGGUAAGAAGAUAUCCUGCACAACAACAGAAUGUUAGAAAAACUCUUGAAAUCACAUUACAAGAUUCAAUUAUAAAUGGACAUAUUCAAGAAGUUGAAAAAAUCAUAAACUCAGAUUUGAAUAAAAAUGUAAACAUGAAGUUAGAUAGUGGUUGGACUCCCCUGAUGCAUGCCUGUUUCCAUGCUCAAGACAAAAUUGUGGAACUCUUGCUUAAUCUAGGUGCUGAUCCAAAUUUACAUGCAGACUCUGUGACUCCUAUUAUGGCAGCAUGUUCAAACAGCACUGCAAACAAAGACACCAUAUUUAACAUUAUCACUAUGUUGCUAGAAAAGAAUUGCAUUCUUAAUAUUGGUGACAAAUAUGGUCAGACUCCACUAAUGCGAGCCAUAAGCAGUGGUUGUGUUAAUGUUGUUAAAAAGUUGUUAGAAGAAAAGGUUAAUAUUGAAAUGAGAGAUCAGCAAGGUUGGACAGCAUUGUUUUGGGCAGCCCACCAUAAUCAACCAGAAAUUUUAAAAAUGCUCAUUGAAAAUGGUGCAAGACUUACGGAAGUUGAUAAAUCCAACAGGACUGCGUUAGAUAUAGCAAUGUCACAUGAAUAUCAAGACAUCCUUGAAAUACUAAAUCAACAUUUGAAGACUGAUGAUGAUGAUGAUAAUGAUGAAGAGAAAAGUUUUUACAGUAAUCAGUUUAGGUCCUGGUUUGAUUAUUAUCCUGGCAUGAAGAAAGGAGAUAAACCAAAUUAUGCUGGUGAAAUUUCACACUUAUUGUAUGGAAUGAACUGUGAAAGACUGACGCCUCUGAUAGAAAAAAGUGGAAUGGAUCUUAGAACCUUUUUGCUUUUAGAAGAGGAUGAUAUGAAGAAAUUAGGAAUUGAUAUGCCCUACGAGCGACAAAGGCUAAAAGUUGGCCUAAGAAAUUUCCAUGUUAGAGGGUGGAAAUUAAAUGCUGUGGCUGGCUUGUAUGCACGAAAAAUUGAAAAUUUUACAGUAUUAGACUGCCUUACUUCGCUAGGGUCUCAUCUGCAACAGAUAUAUAUUUUAGAAGCUACCUUACAAUAUAUAUUGAGAGAAUACAAGAAAAUCCAAAAUCAAAUUAAGUUUGAACCACCCGAUUCUCCUUUGAUAUUGAAAUUGAAAACAACAGCGAAAAAAAUUCUUACCAAUAUCAAUAGUAUAAGACAAGAGAUAAAAAUUAUGAAAAGUGCUCUCAUAAAGAUAAAUAGAAACAAUCCUCCUCCUGCUGAUCUACUAAAAGAAAAAACAUCACAAGAAAUAGCUCUGGGCUAUGUCACUGAAGUCCUAGUCGCUUUCUCUCUCGGGUUUCUAGCUUAUCACGCUAGAAACUACAUCUUAAAUUUAAUUAAGAAGUAGAUAGGUAUUUGUAACAAUUUUCUUAUUAUAUCUUAUAAUGUUUAA